GGGUCCGUUGCAGACAGACAAGACACAGGGUAACGGUUAAGUUCUUCGGAAAAGAAAAGGAAAACAAAAAAUACUCCCCCACUUACUUACGUGCAGUUAUCUCUUUCAAAACUGCAAAGAGAUUGAAGAAACCACCAGACGAAAAAGAAAAAAAAGAAGAGCAAACCCCACAAGAUAAAGAAACAAUGGGAUGUGUUUCUUCAAAACUCUUCAAGAAAGAACUCCAUCAACAAAUCAUAUUCAACAAUGGCGGCCAGUGUGUUGACCACGUGGUCUCUCUCACUUCUUCAACUUAUGGUGCUCUCAAACUUGACUGCAACAAUCAACAUCAACAACAACCACCACUACAACAAGCACACAAACAAGAGCCCAUCAAAGAAAUUGUGGAAGAGAGUAAGAGAUUGCAACAAAUAUCUCCAACAAAAGAAGAUCCAGAGGUUGUUAACACUUGGGAGCUAAUGGGAGAUCUUGAAGAAGGAGUACCCGUUUCAAGUCAAACUAAGAGAAGUCCAAAUUCGAGGGUUUUGCUUCGUGGGUUUGCUGAUUUGGACCUUAGGAGUCCACUCAAAUUCUUGAAUCAAAGUGGGUCUCCAAGAAAGGCGAAAACUUAUGGUGGCAAAGAAAAUAAGGUAAAGAGAUCAUCAGAUUUUAGCCCUAGACCGGUUUUAAAGGCCAACAAUUCAUCAGGGAAUUCGUGCAAGGCAGUGUUGAGAUUGAGUUAUCCUGUGAAAGCGUCUCCAGUUGGGGCUAAAACAGAGAAUCUUAGCAGAGAAUCUGGAUUCUCUCCGAGGAGGAAGAGUAGUUUUAUUCCUCUGUUCGAUCCAGAAAUAGUUGCAUUGUAUGAGAAAGACUUGUCCGAAGAAGAAGAAGAAGAAAUCGAGAGGAUAAUUUUACCAAGUUCAAGAACCACAAAAGUAAAGAAUUUGCGAGAUUUGGAAUCUAUCCUUCAGUCUUUCGAACAAAAACGCCCGCCUGGAGGGGAAAAUAAGGUCGUGAUUUACACUACUACAUUGAGAGGAAUUAGAAAAACAUUUGAAGAUUGCAACUCCGUAAGAUCAAUCAUUGAGUCACAUCAUAUUCAUAUUGUUGAAAGAGAUGUUUCCAUGGAUUCGGGCUUUAAGGAAGAGUUAAGAGGGCUAAUGGGUACGAAUGAAGUCAAAGUUCCACUUGUGUUUGUUAAAGGGAGGUUGAUUGGCGGUGCUGACCAAGUGGUAAAGUUGGAGGAGGAGGGAAAGUUGGAGAUUCUGUUUGAUGGAAUCCCGAAAGGGCUCGCUGGAGGAUGUGAAGGUUGUGCUGGGGUUAGGUUUGUGAUGUGUGUGGAGUGUAAUGGGAGCUGCAAGGUUUUGCACGAGAAGCAGAAGAAGAUGGUUAGAUGUGGUGAGUGCAAUGAGAAUGGGCUGAUGCAAUGCCCCAUCUGUUGCUGUUGACAAUGAGGUGUGUGUAGAAUUUUAUCUAACCUUUUGAAUUGAUCUUGAGAUUGUGAGA